AUGGAGAAAGCUCAGAUAUCAAAACCCUAUGCCCACGGCGCCCUCCAAUAUUCCACCGCGGGACCAUCCUACACUUCCAACGAGUCAAGUCGGACGUCUUUCGAAUUAUCAAGCUACGCCAGAGGGGAGAAGAGAUACGAGAUGGACUCAACGGAAACGCAAGUCAACUCACUCUCCAACUCUAUCCACCACGACCAGGACAGACACGGCAAAGACCCGGUACCUGAUACUCAUGUAAGGGAAAGGCAACCCAACUCGGCUGCCUCCUCGAUGCACAACGGCAAAGAAGGACGCGGCAAAGACCCAGUACCUGAUACGCAUGUAAGAGACGAGCAAAUGGCCUCGGCCGCCUCCUCGAUGCACAACGAAAAGGAAGGACACGGCGAAGACUCAGAACAUGGCGGCCAUGACAAUGGCCGUGUUGACAUAUACGAUCCGAACCGGCCAAAACUUGGGCUCCGUCAACGGAUGCACCACUUUACCUGGGCUUGGUUCACCUUGCCGAUGAGCACAGGCGGCCUGUCGCUUCUGAUAUUUGCUCAGCCUCAUCAGUUUCCAGGACUCAAGCAGAUAGGCUUGUUUGUCUACAUCGUCAACAUCAUCAUUUUUGUACUGCUCUCCUCGGCAAUGCUAGCACGCUUCUUCCUCCACCACGCCGACUUCUACAGGUCUCUAUCACAUCCACGAGAAGGUUUCUUCUUCCCGACGUUCUUCCUUACCAUCGCUACCCUAAUCACAAGCACUCAACGCUACGCAAUCCCAGCAACCGAUACUGCGCUGGCAUGGGCCGUACAGACGGCGUACUGGGGGUACGUCGUCAUCACACUGAUCGUGGCUGUCGGACAGUUCAGCUUCGUGUUCGCCACACACAACUUCGGACUCCAUACAAUGAUGCCGACGUGGAUCCUGCCGAUCUUUCCCAUCAUGCUGUCGGGGACAAUUGCUUCGGUAAUUGCCGACACCCAGCCCGAUAUUGCAGCCGUGCCGAUUGUAGUUGGCGGGCUGACCUGUCAGGGGCUGGGCAUUUCGGUUGCCGCGAUGAUGUAUGCUCACAUGGUUGGACGCCUGAUGCAAGCCGGUCUACCGAAUCGUGAGCACCGGCCAGGACUCUUCAUGAAUGUAGGGCCUCCAGCUUUCACGGCUCUGGCACUCAUCGGCAUGGCGAAUGGGCUCCCUGAAAGCGUCGACCUCGGGAUGGAAGGUACACUGGAAGUCGACAUGAUCAGGACCAUGGCCCUUCUUGGCGCCAUCUUCCUGUGGGCGUUGGCGCUGUGGUGGUUCUUCAUCGCCGCCAUCGCAGUCCUCAGCUCAAGACCCAAAUACUUCCACCUUGGCUGGUGGGCCAUGGUGUUCCCCAACACCGGGUUCAUCCUCGCUACCAUCACCAUUGGGAACGAGCUGAAGAGCGAACAGGUGCUGUGGGUCGCUACAGGCAUGUCGAUCUGCCUCCUGGCAAUGUACCUGUUCGUGCUCUACAGUCACGUCCGGGCGGUCAUCAAGCAAGACAUCAUGUAUCCCGGCCGCGACGAAGACGUCGAGGAUCACUAG